AAACCGUUGUUUCAUAAUGCUAAAAAAGUAUCCAGCUCAAUGUGUGUGUGAGUGUGUGUGUGUGUGUGUGUGUGUGUGUGUGUGUGUGUGUGUGUGUGUGUGUGUGUGUGUGUAUGUUAGUGAAAAAUUAUAUAAAUUGAUAAACUUCAUCUCUCAAACCAACAAGUUAUCUGAAACAUCUUCUCUCGUGUGAUGCUAAUCCCAAAGUCUGUCCAGAUGCCUCUGUAGGUGUGUGUGUGUGUGUGUGUGUGUGUGUGUGUGUGUGUGUGUGUGUGUGUGUGUGUGUGUGUGUGCGCGCGUGUAGUUCGGGUGAACGGCACAAGGCUAUGUCCAAUUUACACUAUAAUGUCUUUUAUAGAAUUUUUGAUAUAUGUACUGACUGCCAACUUCUACCAGUCUCUUGGGUCGAAUUUUGCAAUUAAUCAUGAAGAAAACAAGUGUUGUCUGUCACCUUCAUUUAUAGUCUAUGUUGAUUAGUUCAUUACUUUCUUGGGUGACUUGGAUAAUUACUUUGUUGAUGUUUGAUGCAGUUUUUGUACGAAGAAUUUGUUGGUGGUAUUUAUUUAUUUGAUCAUGUUUUACGUAUGGCAUUACUACACAUCCUCCAGUUAUUUAGCAUAGAUUUGUCUCUAUUCACGGCGUUACAGAGACGAGCUUACUGUGUGAACGAAAGUUGUGGAAAGCAGCUUGGGCAUCUUUUAAGUGACGAGAAUGAUGUGAAGUAAAAUACAUACAGUUGAUCUAAAGUGUUGGUCAUAUUCCACAAAAAUAUUUCCAACAAACACAUACACACACACAAAAAAAAAAAAAAAAAACGCUAUCUGACAACUACUUCCACUUUCGCUUUCACUGUUUAUCGUGGUGAUAAAGAUAAUGAAAAACAGUGGAAUACCCUGGCAGACUUUUGAUCAUGACUGAGCCGGGUUAAAGAGAGCUGUCAGAAACUGCGACCCUGUAAGAAGUGACGGGCAUAUGCAUAUAGAAAAAAAGUAAAUAAGAAAUUAAUGAAAAUGUUUCCUUAGAUAUGAAAGUCAGUGAGUUGAGAACUGUCAAAAGCAUCGGUCCUGCAGGCAAUGAGGGGAAAAUUAAUACAGAUAGCAGUGGAUGAAAAAUAAAUAAAUGUACGAGUGUAUGUAUAUAUUUAUUGAAUUAUAUUUUAUUUACCAAUGGGUUUUCUCUCUGGCUCAUCUAUCAUUAGCGUCUAUUCAUCAGUGUGAGUAAAGUAUUAGUAGUCCAUUCAUGAACCUGAAUACAUUACUUCCUUCAAUGAGGUAAAGCAACUGCAAAUUAUGUUGACACAUUUAAAUCAUAUAUUUCUAUGCGUCACUGGCUGAUAGGGCUGCUAAUAUAGCGAGCGAGGUAGGGAGCAUCUCACACACGUCUCGGGGAUUGGAAACGUGCGUCAGGGACGGGAGAGAGAGAGAGAGAGAGAGAGAGAGAGAGAGAGAGAGAGAGAGAGAGAGAGAGAGAGAGAGAGAGAGAGAGAGAGAGAGAGAGAGAGAGAGAGAGAGAGAGAGAGAGAGAGAGAGAGAGAGAGAGAGAGAGAGAUUCUUAUUUCACUUAAUUAUUUUCGGUCAAUCAUGUAACAGUUCUAAGUAACAGGAAGUCGUUUUGUAUACAUAUAUAAAUAACAGGAGACACUGUAGAUUCCUUGAGAUACCAGCCAGGACAAGGAUGUCAUCGGCCCCAGCAGAGCCGCCCAGUGUACCACGAAGAGAAGGUGGAGCGCUCUGCAGCAGCUGUAGUAAAGCGAGGCGCUGGAAGCUGCCGCUGGUGACCAUCGUGGGCCUCCUGAUGGCUCAGACAUUAUUGUACUACAACGACAACUCUUUCUAUGGCGCUCAUCGCUGGUCCGUCCUGCAAAUCUCUCCAUUACGAUUAAGAUGGUUCAGUGAUAAUUCUACGACACAAUCAUUCGCCUACUCGCUCAGCCUCGGCGGCGGCGACGGCAGAAAUAACACACACCGCGACAGCACUCUCCCGUGCCCGCCUUACCCCCCUACCCUGAAGGGGCGGGUACAAGUCAACAGGAACCCUCCCAGCCUGAAGGAGCAGGAGCGCGCGCACCCUGAGCUCACUCUCGGAGGAUAUUACCAGCCUGAGAACUGCACGGCGCGGCACAAGGUGGCCAUCAUCAUCCCUUACCGGAACCGUGCGAGUCACCUGACGGCCUUCGUCCACCACAUGCACCCCUUCCUGCAGCGGCAGCAGCUCGAGUACGCCAUUUAUGUGGUGGAGCAGGCAGGUAACGAUUCGUUCAACCGAGGAAUGCUGAUGAAUGUGGGUGUCCUGGAAGCUCUAAAGCAGCACCCCUUUGACUGUCUGUUGCUCCACGACGUAGACCUUGUGCCAGAAGAUGUCCGCAACCUUUACACCUGUUCCGAGCCUCCCAGACACAUACUGCCGUAUCAGAAAUACUUUGGAGGCGUGUCUGCCAUGACGCCGGAGCAGUACACCGCCAUCAACGGGUUCAGUAACAAGUUCUGGGGUUGGGGCGGCGAGGACGACGACUUGUUUAACCGCGUCAGACAUCACGGCCUCAACGUGACUCGCUACCCCAGCGAGGUGGCUCGCUACACCAUGCUGUCCCACAAGAAGGAGAAACCCAGCCCUGACAGAUACACAAACCUCCGUCUGGGUAAGCGGAGGUUCAAGAAGGACGGCCUGAACAGCGUCAAGUACCAAAUACUGAAGACUGAGCGGAGGCGACUGUUUACGUUGCUGUUCGUGGCUCUGGCUCGCACUUGACAUUGGCCCGCCCUUCAUGCUUUUACUGGCUGUUAGUUUGGACUCGGAGCGAUGGAGGGGAUACGUGUCAUCGUUAUAAACAUCAGGCAGUGCUUAAGAACGAUAAUUUUGGUCCAUGAUAAACCAUAUGAAGAUCAGCAUCUUGAAGUGACAGACUGGACAUAUGUCACCUUGAAAUUCACCCCGGAAACAUCAGGGAAUUUGCUUUCUGUCAUCAUUGCCCUCUGGCUCUGCACAUUUACACGUAUUGCUAAAUAAAAAAAAAAUGUUGUCUUCUUUGUGAGUCAUGGUACAGUGCCAAUCUUUGUCAAACUUCAUUUGCUUUUUUUUUUCUUCAGCCCCAUGGCUGAUUUUGCUGUGUUAUGCAGUGCUCUUGUCACUUACCUCUUUCUUCUAUUAGUUUUCUGCCUUUCUAUCUACAUGUCCUCCAUCUCUGUUACAU